AUGAACCUCAACUCAAAAGGUGGUGUAUAUUCGAGUGGAGCUGUUUGCCCACCACCGCAAAUUGCUCUUUCACAGGUAAAGUCGACGACAAAAAGAGAAUCCAGAGGAGUACCCCCAAAAUCUGCGUCUGUUGAAGCAAACUUCGGAACCCAUGUUACUUUGGAGGAUGCACACACGGAAGUGUGUCAGAAAACACAGGGUGGUUAUGGCUACGACGUUGGACUGCAUUGGAGGAUACUAGCAGCCAUACUCUACGGAAUAUAUACUUGGUUUCCCCUCAACACGGCAUCUCGAAUUUUUGGGCGGCUAUCCCGAGUCCCACUCCCACGAGUUUUGCGAGGUCCAGUAGUGCGAGCUUACGCAUGGAUCUUUAGUGCUAGGCUGGAAGAAGCUGAAUUUCACAACGAUUUGGCUAGGUACAACAGCAUUUCCCACUUUUUCCGACGUCGUCUUAUUCCUAGCGCCAGACCUGUGGAUCCUAUUUCCUCUCUGGUAAGUUUUGGCAUAAAGCCUACUAUUAGAGACCAUUUAUAUGCGCACUGUAGACCAGUUGUUCCACAGGAAAUCGCUCUGCAAUAG